AUGAUAAGCAACUAUCGGACAAAAGCAGCUUUUUACAAUUUUUGUACUUUUGGGUCAAAUUUGUCCGAAACGGAUCCGGAAAAGGAUUACGACCUGCAGCGACAACAGCAGCUGCAACAACAACAACAGUCGCUAAUCUCUGGAAGAGUGUCCACUGAUGUCAAUAAAAUUAUUGAACCUUUGGCCAUCUGGCACCACGAUCGAGGUUGUUCGUGCAAUGUGUGCCUAAACAUUAUCUUACUAUUCAUCUUCGUAAUCCCAUCUAUAAUUCAUGCUAUCUACUAUUGCUACAUGCGCGACUAG